AUGGAAUUUAAUAUUUAAAAAGAAAUACAAAUUUUAGAAUCAAAAUCUUUUGAAGUAAGAUUGUAAUGGAGAAGCUAAGACUAUUAAGACUCUCAAGAUAUUGAUUUAGAUCUAUAAUGCUUAAUACUGGAUGACCUUUCUUAAAUAGAAGAUGUUGUUUAUUAUAACAAGAAAAGUUCUUCUAUUGCUGAUGUUAAACUUUCAGAUGAUUAGAGAGGCAAUUAUUAAUAAAAUUAAAAUGAAAUUCUUAGAAUAAAUCUUUCUGAUUGCAAAUAUGGUAUUAAAUACCUUGUUAUUUUAAUAUGCUCUCAUGAUGGAAUUACUCUCAAUAAUUUGAAAACAGGUAUUAUAGAAGUAGUAGAGGAUGAUAAGGUAAUACUUAUUUAAUCUAUUUGUUGCGAAGAGCGUAUUGUUUCAUUUUUACCUUGCAUAUUUUAAAAAUAAUUUAAUGGAGUUUGGCUUCUUCAUUAAACAAAAGCAGUUGAUAAGGUGGGAAAAACAUUUAUAGAAUGUGAGUAAAUAGUAAAAUAAGGAUUAUUGUAAUGUGGAUUCGACGAAGGGCUAUUUUAAGAAGCAAAAAAUUGGAAUGGCAAUAAAACUUUCAACCUUAAAAAAGAAGACUUUUUAAUUAUAAAUGAUAGAAUUGCAAAUAAUGAAAUUUAUAUUGGUCUCGGUUGGGAUACUGAAUGCGAUAUUGACUCUUCUAUUCUUACUUUUGACAAGUAAGGAAAUAUAUUAGAGAAUAUUUAUUUUGGUAAUCUUAAAAGUUAAAAUUAAUCAAUAAUACAUCAUGGAGAUAAUUUGACAGGAGAAGGAGAAGGUGACGAUGAAGUAUUAACCAUCAAGCUAAAAUAAAUAGACUAAAGAGUAGAUACUAUUUGGUCUGUAAUUACUAUUUAUUCUUAAAAUAAGGCUUUUAAUGAAGUUUCUGGAGCUUUUUGUAGAUUAGUAGAUAAGAAAACCAAUAAAGAGUUUUGUAGAUAUAAUCUUUCUAGUGAAUCUAUAAAUAACUCUUCACAUAAUGGUUGCAUUAUGGCUUGCAUUAAAAGAUAUAAAAACGAUUGCUGGGCUAUUUAACCAAAAGGAUUCUUGACAUAGGGCAAAAGGUAUUCUAGUGAAGUGGUGCCCAUAAUUAAAAAUAUUUUAAACAAUAACCUCAGCUAAAUUCUAAUUAUAAAAGAAGAAUAAGACAAAAAACAAAAAUAAUAAAAAUAAAUAUCAUAACCGAAUAACACAUUCUAAAUAUCUUAAAUAUAUGCAACUAAUCUAUCAGCAUAAAGGUAGGGUUAAAAGAUAGACCCUUAUUUGAUAGUUUACCUAAACAAAACUAAAGUGCUUUAAUCUACUGUACUUAAUAAUCCAUAAAUAAUAAGUUGGCCUGAAAAAAUAUAAUUAAACUUAAAAGAAGGAGAUGUUCUACUUUUUGAAAUAUAUGAUUAUUACAAAUUUUUUUUUGAUAGUUUCUUAGGCUAAUCAAAAUUAAGAAUUACAAAAGAAAUUUUAGAGAAAAAUAAUCAACAGAGCUAUGAAAUUUUUAUAAAAGAUUCUCAGUAAAAAUCAAACCCUAAUUAUUGUGGCUAGAUUAAAUUUAAUUUAUUUAAUAUCCAAUUCAAUUCUUGA